AACCGAGAGUACUUGGACAAAUGCUGACAAACAUUUACUCAUUCGUCCGUACUCUGUGGGGAAAGUCGUGAGAACACUUACUCUGGCCAAGGUUUCAUUUUUGUUUCAGAAAUCAAGAUGAAUGGCUUUCUCGCAAUCGUAUUCUUACUCGGCCUUGUGUGUCAAAGUUCAACAAAACAAAUCCCCGGGGACAAUUUCCCAGGUUUUUCUGGCGAAGGAUCCGGGGAAGUUGAAGAUGCUGUAACUGAAAGACUUUCACUGACAACAGCAGUUAAGAUAUUGAAUGAAGAUAACAAUAUAGAUGACACCAUACCGUCUACGUCAGCUGCGGAUGACGAAAUACUUAUCGAUGAGACGACGACGACUGUCAGGCAUGAUCCUAGUGUCGACGUCGCUGUCACACCCACCAAGUCUGGUGACGUCACGCCAAAUCAGGAAGCCAUUAUUGUACUGAUAGUGGUCGUCAGUGUCCUAUUCUUCUGCAUUGUUGUCCUGGUGGUGGUCGUCCUUCUAAGGAAACGUAGCACUGGCACACCAAAGAUGGUAACUAUUUACCGAAAAUUUUAGCAAGAGGCUGUUCAAAGCACUUUACCCAAAGUGUUUGGACGUAUCAGGGAUCACGAGCUGUAUAUAGUGUAGCGACAUUCUAAUACACGAAUCGGGCAUCAGCGGACAGGACAUCCGGAAUUCUACAUUUAAAAAUUGGACAAGGUUAAACAAUGUGAUGUGGGUCUUUGAUUAUUCAUUUUUGUAAUUUAUUACUUAAUCAAUUAAUCAAUUAUGCUAUAAUGCCGAGAGCUAUACAUUGUUUGUCACGAAAAUUCAUUAAAAUUAAAAUGUCACCCCAAGUAUAGUGAUACGUAAUUUAAAAAAAUCAUAAAAGAGAAACUUAAUGUUAUGGAUGAUAGUAAUGGAAAUACCACAAAUUAUGUAAGUUUUGGUAAUUUAUGGAAAUGUACAACAGCAUAUUCUGGUUUUCAGUCGAGCAUAAGUACUGUUUUGUCGACGAUGUAACAUAUUUAAACAAGUAGGGAUGUGAUUUAAAAUAGGUGAUACAUAUUUAAUAUGUACCUAAAUCAGACUUAACAGCUUGUCAUGUCAUUGAAAAAUUCAUGUCAUUGAGCACCUUUUGUUAAUUCAUCAAUUCAUUUGUCAUCUAACAAAUACCUUGUGACCUUAACAAGAUAAUUAUUUUGUUACGCUAAGCAGGGUUAGGGUAACUGUGCACACGUUAUCGAAUUAAUUUAAUCUUGCUUGUAACAAGCAAUUUCAUUGGCGUAAACAAUUAUUUCAUAUUAUCAUCUCAUUAUGUAAAAAUGGGGUCACUUUUUGUAACGCCGUCCACAAUUGGAUGUUACAGCGGUGCGAUAAUUUCUAAGAGAAAUAAUUCAUCAAUAAAAGUUGGUUCUCAAAGGUUUUUGUCACUAGAUAAAAUUAUAAGAAUGUACUUGAAUUAUUAUUUUCUUUUACGUUAUGGAGUCAUAACACAAACAUCCGGAGUGCAUUUUUUUCUUUCCGUUUUGGCCUGAGGGAUAUGGCUCGUUAACAUGAAAAUAUUCUAGUUGAUUAUCAAAUAAUCCUUUACAUCUAUUUUUGUUUUUGUAAUUAUUGCAUUGUGUAUAGUUUUAAUAAAUCACCAAUUAGUUUUUUGAUUAUUUUUUUUAAUUUGAUCAUUAAUUUAUAAACUUUGAAGUCGCAUUAGAUAUAACAAAAUGCAUGCGAAUCUUUGUGACAAAUGAAGUCAAUUGUUAAACCUCUGUUAUUCCUCGUGAAUAAAUCAAUGUUAGAUAUAAUUUGA